GCAAAGUAGCAAGGCAACUCGGCACCCUCCUCUAUCCCGAUCCAGCCUAGCCGGUUCUCUCCUUCCUUCCGCCCCACCACCGCAGGCUGCCUCGUAGGCUGGCCGUGUAUCAGGUGGCCGGACGACGCAGCUGCUCUAGCAUGCGACGGCGGCAGCUGCCCGCCACGGAUGGGUCCUCCCCAGAAGCGCGCACGGAUUAGCUAACCACCCUGUUCCAUCGAGAGCCCCUGCCCCAAGACCAGUUGUAAGCUGAGGAACAAAGCGAGCAGGAUCUGGGGUAGGCGUUGCAACCAUAUACAAUCAGGAGGAAUUGGCGGCCAUGGAGGCAGCGAAGCAGGAGGAAUUGGCGGACAUGGCGUUGCAGCGUAAGGUUUCAGCUGGGUUCUUGCAGGGUCCAGGUCCGGCACCACCGCGAAAGAAAAAAUCUGUGCCGUAUCAUCCGUUAUCUGUGCCGUGUCAUCCGUAUCUUAACCGCUCAGGUUCUGAACAAUCUGAAGUGACGCACGAGGAUGGAUCCAGCUCCGGCUUGCUCUUGGAUCCUCCAGCAUUGGAUGUCGCUCGAGCAUCUACGCACGGUGAAGACGACGGUAAAGAGAACGCGGUUUCGGUAGCCUCGGAUGCCCUUCAACGUCUCCAAGAAGUGUACUACGUGAUGAUUCUGCGAAUGCUUGGGUUCAGGGAGAGAAACCACAAGACGACCUUCAACUUCACACGGAGUUUUUCCAACAGAACAACAUCCACUUGCUCACUGGGAUUUGCUUCUGCCGUGGACGCUCGCAAUCUGUCAAGAUCGGAUGGCAGGAUGCAUGGAAGCCAUGGAUCGAUUGUUGCAGUGCUUCAGAAAUGUAGGCUCUUGGCUCGUGGUGUACAUGGCGUUGCGGGCAGAGCUAGUGCUGAGGAUGCAAAGGAUGCACGGGCACUUCCAGUGCUUGCUUUUGAUGAUCUGGCAUGCUCUGGUCACAACAAGGUAACUAGGUUCACCACACGGAGAAUACCAGCACAGAUGGCUGAACCUAUAUACUCGUUGCCCAAAGCCAUGAACAAUCUGCUAAUUUUGGAUCUCUCAGGUUGCAGUGGGCUUGCACAGCUUCCUGCUUCCCUCGCCACUCUUAAGAAUCUUGUUGCACUGGACCUCUCUUGCUGUUAUUCCCUUCACACGUUGCCGGCGUCACUAGGAACCUUGCAGAACCUGCAGAUUCUUCUUCUUUCGUGUUGCCACAAACUAAAGAAUCUUCCGGUGUCACUUUGUCUGCUUUCUAUGCUCAGAUUGUUUGAUUUGUCGGGCUGUUCGAGCCUUGAGGUCUUACCUGAUUCUUUUGUCAAUUUUGACCAUUUAGAGAUUCUGAACCUAUCAGACUGCACUAAAUUAAAGAAGCUUCCACGAGCAGUUGGUAGCCUUCAAGAAUUGAAGUACUUGAAUUUAUCAAGAUGCUCUGGAUUAGACCUGGAUGUCAAGUACCUCCGCAGUCUUGCUAAUUUGAAGUGCCUAACUCUGUCACCGGUUACCGAAUAUCAAAGUUUUCCUCGUUCCUUCCUAUUUAUUGACAUCUACCUGCAGUGGUCAAGGUGGUGGAAGAGGAGCCAGUUCCACCCCCAGUGCAACCCAAAGGUUGGUUCUUUGCAUUCAUAUAGGUGUUACGAGCUAGGUAUUAUUGACAUGUUACUGUCUGAUGGUUCUGAUGAGGGUGAUAUUACUAGUGACCAGAUAGUCACUUCUAUUUGCAUAGUUGGUGAAAGUGGCAUGGGCAAGACUGAGCUGGUCCAUCGAAUUUACAAUGAUCAAAUGAUUCUGGAUGCCUUCAACUUGAGAAUAUGGGUGUAUAUGUGCGAUAAAAGGGGACUGUUGGAGAAAAUAGCAGAGUUCACUACUUGUGCAUAUUGUAGUAAUGCCCCAAUCAGUGUUCUUGAAGAAAUUGUAAUGGAAGAACUUAGUGGGAAAAGGCUCUUACUUGUACUGGAUGAUUCUGAUGUCGAAAGCCAUUAUUUCUGGGGUGAUGUAAGGAAACUACUAAGUGUGUGUGCAAAAGGAAGUGCUCUCAUUGUAACCACUAAGAGCAGUGACAUCGCUAAGCUGAUCGGAGCAAUGCAAACUUUUUACUUGAGUCCUGUAUCCAAAGAAGAAUGCUUCAUGAUUUUCAAGGAACAUGCACUCGGUGGUUUGGAUAUGAAUAGUUACCCUCAGUUAGAAAGCAUUGGCUGGAAAGUCGUAGAGAAAUCUGGUGGCAACCCAUUGUGCAUCAAAGCCCUAAGUGGAUUGUUGUGUCAUUCUGAACUUGGUUAUGAAAUUUAUAUGUUCGUCCAUCGUACUUUACCAGCAUUGCGACUCUGUUAUGAUCUUUUGCCAUCACACCUACAGCAGUGCUUCAGGUUCUGUUCCUUGUUUCCCAAACAUCAUAUAUUUGUCAAGCAUCACAUCAUCCGGUUAUGGAUAUCUCAAGGUUUUGUCCUUCCUGAAGAAGGUAAUCAACCAGAAGAUACUGGGUUGCAUUAUUUUGAUGAGUUGGUCUGCAGAUCAUUUUUUCAGCGUUGUCCUUUUCGUAUUGAUCAGGACGAUGAGUAUGUUAUGCAUGAACUGUUUCAUGAUCUGGCAACCUCUGUUUCAAAGAACGAAUGCUUGAGAUCUGAGGAACCAUUCUGCAGCUUGGCUGAAAACAUUUGCCACCUAUCGCUUGUUCUCUCAGAUUUUAAGACAGUCGCACUGGCUAAAGAAGCAAGAAAUCUGCAGUCUUUCUUAGUUAUUAGAGGAUCCUUCCCAGUUGUGAGAAUUUUGCCUUCAGAUGAUCUUUAUAUGAAAUUUGGAUUGUUAAGGGCACUAAAUUUGAGUUAUACAGAUAUACUAGAGUUGCCACGUUCUAUUGGGAACAUGAAACACUUGAGACUCUUGGCUCUCAACAGCACAAAGAUCAAGGGCCUUCCGUUUGAAAUAGGACAGGUAGGCACUCUGCAGACAUUGGAACUCAAGGAUUGUUGCCACCUUACUGACUUACCAGAAAACACAAGUAAUUUGACAAAGCUUCGACAUCUUGAUGUGCAGAAAGAACCUGGCAAUAUUAAAGUUGGCAUGCCUCAUGGUAUCGGACAGUUGACUGAUCUCCAAACAUUGACAGAAUUCAACAUUGGGAAUAAUUUGUCGCAAUGUUCAAUUGCAGAGUUCAAGAAUCUGAAUGGACUAAGGGGACAUGUCCAUGUAACAGGGCUUGAGAAUAUUAAGACUGCUGAUGAUGCCAAAGAAGCAAAUAUACUUGGCAAGAACUUCUUAGAAUCUUUGACAUUGGAGUGGUAUUACAACGACGAAGACAUAGAUGAUGGUUUAUGCCAAGAAAUUGCUAAUAAUAUUCUUCAAAAUCUUCAACCCAACAGCAACCUUCAAAAGCUUGUCGUUCAAAAUUAUCCUGGAAAUCUGUUUCCUUUGUGGAUGCAGGACUCUUACCUUAGCAAGCUCGUCUCAGUAACACUUGAUAACUGUUAUGGCUGUAGUAAGCUUCCAUACCUUGGUGAUCUGCCAUCUCUUAAAUCUCUCUUUAUACAGAGAAUGAAUUCUAUAGAAAGCUUUGAAAUUGGGAGUAGUUCUUUGGCCACUGAAGAAGAACGUCCUCCAAGAUACCCAUCGCUGGAGGUCCUCACUUUAUGGGAGAUGUAUGAUUUGCAAUUUUGGGUUGGCACAAGUGAAGGGGAUUUUCCACGGAUUUGCCGUCUUUCCAUCAGUAGAUGCCCAAGACUCAGAAAUUUACCUCCCCUUCGUUCUCUAGUGCAUCUGUCAGUACAUUGCAGUAGUCAAGUACCAUCCUUCUCAGAACUUCCAUCACUUGAGUCACUGAAGAUCGAAGGAUUCAAUAAGAUUCGGUCUAUUAGUUUCCCCCAUCAACUGACAACGUUGAAGAAGUUGGAAAUUAGUGACUGCAAAGAGUUGUCAUCAAUGUAUGCAUAUUCCUUAUCUGUUUCGGAUUCAAGAGUUGUGAGGUGCCCAAAACUUGAUUUGGUUGGAAGUUCACUGGAAGAUCAUCACAGAAAAAAGGUGGAUGGUGGAAGGAAUAGUCCUACAAGGCGGUCUAUGGUGCUAAAAACUGCAACAUAUACAGAUCUCCAAGUUGACAGUUGGAAGUGGGAAAAGCAUGGAGAAAAGAAUAUAUUUGCGUCCAAUCUUGUAAGGUCAUACUACAGAUGCCUUCACAGAAACUCAACAGGAUGUUGUGCAACCAAGUUUUUGCAGCCCAAUGACACUGAACCCAACAUGCUGUCUGCAAUGUACAUCUAUGAGCACAACCAUGAAUUCCCCAAUGAACCAAACCUUGAACUGUCCGCCGAACCUGCAACAACACGUAAAAGAAAGGAACCUGAUGUACCCAGUGAUGAACAUACGUCAAAGAGACAACUGAAUUCUUAAGAAGAUCGGUAAUGUAUUCCUAAAAAGAUCGAUAAUGUAAUUAUAAGUGCAUGUCGACUGACAAGUCACCUGCCCCGAUGGAUUUAACGCCGACUGACAAGUGUAAAAGUGAGAAGUGACAAGUCACCUGGCCCAAGAGUGUUGUUGAAGUACUUUUUAAGAAUUGCCUAAACUAUGCAUUAUCUGCAAUGUCCAAGAUUUUAUAA